AUGUAAUAAAAUAAAGAAGUAAACGAAUUAGUUUUUACACGUCUUAAAUAAGAAAGAAAAUAAUGGAGAUAAGACCAUCCACAUCUUUUUGUAGCAAAACCGACUACAAAGGAAGACGGAUCAAUUAAUAUGUUAAAAUGGUACUGUGAAAUCCCUGGACCAGAAGGAUCUCCUUGGGAAAAUGGUGUUUAUGUUUUAUAUAUUGAUUUUUCAUAAUCAUAUCCUAUUAAACCUCCUAAAUGUUAAUUUAAACCUGUUUUGCCUCAUCCUAAUGUAUAUCCUUCAGGAACUGUUUGUUUGUCUAUUUUAAAUGAUGAAGAAGAUUGGAAAUCUGCAAUUACAAUAAAACAAAUACUUAUUGGAAUUCAAAAAUUAUUAAAAGAUGAACCGAAUAUUGAUAGUCCAGCUUAAUAUGAGCCUUGUAAUUUAUAUAGAACUGAUAGAGAAAAAUAUUAUUAAAAGUUAGAGAAUUUGCAGAAGGUUGUAAAAAAAGAAUGA